UUGGUUUCCGCGCUAGCGAGCGCGUGUUUGAUGAAACUUAACUCGACGCGACGGCGUGUGAGCACAUGUUAAUAUCCCUUAUAUCGAUUCUCGUUAUCGGCGUCACGUGUUAUUCAAGCACGACGCCGAAAUUUCUCGAAGUAAGUCUGGAGAUCAUACGAACACUUGACCAUGUUGUCAGUAUGUUGAACACCGAUAACACCGACGCGGUACAGCAUGUACUCGACGUGGUAAAUCUCGCAGUAUCCGACAGUAUCUCGCAGCGAGGAAGAGUUGUUUCGUCGCACGAUGUCGGCAGUUGGGAAUUGUGCGGUGCAAAGAUACAACGUCGGGAUCGUGUUCGCUUGCGCGAUUGGUCUCGGAUUGUCGUACUAUGCGUACGCCGUGGAAACCAAAAGGGAGCAGGACGAUUCGUACACGCCGUUGUGCGACAUCUCCGAACAUAUCAGCUGCACCAAAGUGUUCAUGACUGAAUUUGGCAAAGGGUUUGGACUCUUCCCGAAAGAUUCUGUCUUUAAUGUUCCAAAUUCAUUAUAUGGUCUAGCAUUUUAUACUCAGAUUGCAAUUUUAAGUAUGAGUAAUAAUUACACUUGUUCGAUUGUCGUUAUUGCUUUAGGAAUAGUUUCUAAUAUUUUUUCCUUGUAUUUGGCUCAUAUAUUGUAUCUUUAUAGAGACAUCUGCAUUGUUUGCGUUAGUACAUAUAUUGUAAAUGCGGUAAUAGUGUUUCUCGCCAUUAAUAAAUUCCGAAAACUAGAUAAUAUAUGCAAGAAGAAGAAGAAACAAUUUUGAAGAGAUUAAUUGCAUUUUUUCAUGUUUGACCAAGAAGAUAUCAUAAUAAUUUGUAACUAACAUAUUAUUUUCUAGAAUUUAUACAUAUAGAUUUUUUUAGGUAGUAAUAGACUUUUUUUCUAUCAGAAAAAGGUUAAAACAUUAUUCCACAUUAUACAAUACAAACAAUCUCAUGAUUUCUAUAUUACAAUUUACAUACUAUUUUAAAUAAAAAAUUAAAAUAUAAAUGUAACAAAAAUAUAAGAUCUCUCGUGAUAUAUAUAUUUAUAUUAUAUUAUUGUAAAUCAACAGCGUAAACAAUAUAAAUAAUAUCGCAUCUAUAUGAAACUUAUAUAUUCACUUAUUAAUAAAAUGACGCUGAAAAUGUA